AUGCGAAAGAGCAGCAUCGGCUUUCAAGAUCUUCCUAAGACGCUUCAAGAUGCUGCUAUGGUGGUGCGGUUCCUUGGUCUACGGUACGUAUGGAUUGACUGCCUGGCAAUUGUACAAGAUGACACAGCAGACUGGGAAAAAGAAUCGGCUGUCAUGGCCGACAUCUACUCAGGAUCAUACAUUAACAUUGCUGCAUCCAACGCUUCACAUUGCGGAGCAGGCUUCCUAGGACCACGGAAGAUGCCAAUGACUGAACGUAUUGAAAUCCACGAUAGCGAAGGUGAUCUAGAAGUAUAUCUAGUUGCCCAACAGACACGCAACUACGCACUACCAAGCGAUCCCCUCGAAACACGAGCCUGGGUCCUCCAAGAACAACUCCUACCAUCCCGCUCCCUCCAUUUUGGCAGCGCCAACAUGUUCUGGCGCUGUCCCGACGGCAUCUCGCACGAAGAGCAAAGGCGAGGCUGGACGCACCUCUACACCCUCGACGCCGUAGUCUACAGCAUCAACCUCCCCAUCGGUGCCGCCAUCGGCCUAGACGCAUGGUUCCAACUUGUCCGCGACUAUACCGCCCGCGGGAUAACAUACCACAAAGACAAGUUCCCAGCCAUCUCAGGCGUCAUGACAGUCUUACAGCGUAUGACUGGCGACGUCUGCGCCGCAGGACUGUGGAAGCGGAAUUUCGCAAAGUGGCUCCUGGUCGUGCCUAAAGGACUUAAUCCGCUUGGUGAGUUGAAAGAUGGGUGGGCAAAGAUCAGUGGAUCGGUGACCGACGUUACUGCUAUCGGGAAAGAUGUAGCGACAGGGAAGAGUCCGUAUCGGUCGUGUAAGGUGCAGAUGCGCGAUCAAAGCUACCGUGAUGCGCGCGUUCUUUUCGAUGUCGAGGCAUAUGAGGCUUGUGAGGUUCUGAUCGUUGCGCCGGCUUUGGGUGUGGCAAUCAUUAGUACGGAUAAAGAGCAGGGCGAGUAUGUGAGGGUUGGACUGGUGGUGAUUAAGAGGGUAAAAUCCGAGGUGAAGAAAGAUCAGUCGAAAGAGUGGUACCCUGAAGCGGAGGACUAUUCCGAGCCACGGUCGAUUGUUCUCCGAUGA